AUGAAUCCUGGAUAUGAAGGCAGAACAGAAUUACCCGAAAGUGUUAAAAUAUUAUUUCGACCAACUGUUUGCAUUGUUCCUGAUAAUCAAUAUAUAUGUGAAAUCAAAUUAUUUGCUAAUGGUUUUAUGAAUGCUAAAGUAUUGGCAAAAAAGAUUAUUACAUUGUAUCGAAAUGCUAUGAAAUUAUUAUCAAAACAAUAUCACUAUGAUUGGAGUCUAAGAGGAAUUAAAGCCGUUUUAACUAUGGCCGAACAGUUACGUCGAACAAUAAUGAAAGAUGCAUCAGAAGAAGUUAUUCUAUUACGAGCAUUAAGAGAUAUGAAUUUAACAAAAUUUGUUUAUGAUGAUAUUAAUUUAUUUCUUGGAUUGAUUAAUGAUCUAUUUCCAAAUGUUGAUUGUCCAAGAAUAUACUAUGACAAUUUUAAUCGAGCAAUCGAAGAUGUUUUAAAUGAAAAAAAUUAUAUUUUAGUACCAGAGCAAAUUGAAAAAAUUAUACAAUUAUAUGAAACAAUGAUGACAAGACAUUCAACGAUGAUAGUUGGACCAACAAGUGGUGGAAAAACAGUGAUACUAAAUACUAUGGCCGAUGCUCAAACAAAACUAGGCAAUAAAACAUUAUUAUAUGUUUUAAAUCCAAAAGCAAUGACCGUUAUUGAAUUAUACGGUUUUCUUGACCCAUUGACACGUGAAUGGACAGAUGGCGUAUUAUCAAAUAUUUAUCGUACAAUCAACAAAUUGACAAUAAAAAUGGAGAGACGAUAUAUUGUGUACGAUGGUGAUGUUGAUGCAUUAUGGAUUGAAAAUAUGAACAGUGUAAUGGAUGAUAAUAAACUGCUGACAUUGGCUAAUGGUGAACGAAUUCGUUUACAAAAUCAUUGUGCUAUGUUAUUCGAAGUUGGUGAUUUACAAUAUGCAUCACCUGCAACUGUAUCUCGUUGUGGCAUGGUUUAUGUUGAUCCCGAAAAUCUUGGACCUCAUCCGAUAUGGAAACGUUGGUUAAAGAUGAAUUUAGCUGAUCGACCAAGUGAACAAGAAUACUUAGACGAUUUGUAUAGUCGAUAUAUAAAAAAUAUAUUAAAUUUUAUUUAUGAAGGUAAAACUGAGACUAGUCAACGUUCAAGAAUGAAAAUGAUCAUACCGUUAACACAAGUGAACAUUGUCGUACAAUUAACAAAGUUAUUAGAGUCAUUACUGAUAAGACCAUUUUUAAAUGAUAGAAAAACGCAGAUUACACAUGAAUUUAUUCAUUCAAUUUAUAUUGAAUGUAUGAUAUGGUCAUUUGGCUCAUGUUUAAAACAAAAUGAUCGUGUGAUAUUAGAUGGUUAUAUAAAAUAUUUAUGUCCAAUGCCAACUGGAUUAAGUGGCAUAAAAGCAAAAGUUGGAGAAAUUCCCAUUGAAAAACCGUUAUUAUUCGAUCAUAUAUUUCAAACAGAAUCAAAUCAAUGGAUGAAAUGGAAUGACAUCAUUGAACCAUAUGAACAUGAUCGAACAAAACGUUUUAGUGAAUUAUUGGUGAGUACAGUUGAUACUGUUCGAUUAGAAUGGUUAAUUGCAUCAAUGAUAGCCAUACAUCAGCCAAUACUCAUUGUGGGUGAUACCGGUACAAGUAAAACGGCCACAAUUCGUUCUUAUAUUCGAAAGUUAAAUCCAGAACGUUAUGUAUCAUUAAUUUUAAAUUUUUCAUCACGUACGAAAGCCAUCGAUGUACAACGUUCUAUUGAAGUACAAGUGGAAAAACGAGCCAAAGAUAUAUGGGGACCACCUCCUGGAACCAGAUUAGUUUUAUUUUUAGAUGAUGUAUCAAUGCCACAUAUUGACACAUAUGGUACGCAACAAUCUACAGCAUUGCUCAAAUUAUUCAUUGAAAAACGUGGAAUAUACGAACGUUUUGAUGCGCGUGUAUGGAAAUUUAUAUCGGAUACAGAAAUCAUUGCUACAAUGGGCACACCAGGUAUACUCGUUGGAAUACGAUCGCAAUUAAGAGUUUCAGACUUUUGGGAGUUCUUCACGGAGAGAGAAAAACAAAUCGGUGGUGGACGUAACCCGAUGGAUCCACGAUUCGUAUCCCAUUUCAGUGUAUUUUAUGUGUCUCUACCAAGUCACGAAACACUAUUUCGAAUAUUUUCAACCAUUUUACAAGGUCACGUAGCUUUAUUUCCGUAUGAAGUUCGUGAAUUAAUACCAAGUUUAAUUGCCACAACGUUACGAAUCUAUGAAGGUGUUUUAAAAUAUUUAGCACCUACUCCUACAAAAUUCCACUACGUCUUUUCUCUACGUGAUUUAUCUCGUCUUGUCCAAGGUUUAAUUCAAACAACGCCCGAACGAUUUGAUACUGUGUCAAAAUUUAGUCGAGUAUGGGUUCACGAAUGUAUUCGAAUAUUUAGCGAUCGUUUGAAUGAUCAAAAAGAUCAGGAAAUAUUCAAUAAUAUAUUACAAACAGCGAUUGAAAAAAAUUUUCUGCUGAAAAAUCAUAUGGACUAUCUAAUGAGAACACCGAUACUCUUUGGUGAUUUUCGAAAUGUAUUACAAGAAGGAGAAGCUAAAAUAUAUGAAGAUUUACAGGAUUAUCAAGCUGUCAAAGCAGUAUUUGAAGAAAUAAUAAUUGAAUAUAAUGAACAACACGAUAAAUUAGAAAUAGUUUUAUUCAAUGAUGCAUUAGAACAUUUGAUACGUAUUUAUCGUGUGUUAAAAUUGGAUUGUGGCCAUAUGUUGUUAAUUGGAUCGGGUGGAUCGGGAAAACAAUUGUUAUCACGUAUUGCUGCAUUUACAGCUGAUUGUCAUCUAUUUGAAAUACAAUUAACACGCAACUAUAGUGAGACAUCAUUCCGUGAAGAUCUGAAAAUACUUUAUAUCCAAGUUGGACUAAGAAAUAUUAAAACCGUAUUUAUAUUAAGCGAUGAUGUCAUCGUUGAAGAAGGGUUCUUAGAAUAUAUUAAUAAUAUGUUAUCAUCAGGCAUGGCUCCGACACUGUUCACUGAAGAAGAACGUGAUGGCAUUAUAUCAGAAAUAAGAGAAGAAGCAACACAAAAUGGUCGACUAUUAUCAAAAGAAAAUGUUUGGGAUUAUUUUAUUAAAAAAUGUACAACUAAUUUUCAUAUUAUUCUAUGUAUGAAUCCCAUUGGUGAAACACUUCGAAAUCGAGCAAGAAAUUUUCCAGCAUUAAUUAAUAAUACAACAAUCGAUUGGUUUAUGAAAUGGCCUCAACAAGCAUUAUACGCUGUAGCUGAAUAUUUUGUUUCUCGAUUUAAAUUCAUGUCGGAUCAAUAUACAAAUGAUAUUGUCGAACAUAUGGCAAUGGUACAUGAAAGUACUCAUUUCUAUUGUGAUAUGUUUACAGAAAAAAUGCAUCGUAGUGCCUAUGUUACACCAAAAAAUUAUUUGGAUUUUAUUCACACAUAUUUGAGUUUAUAUAAACGUAAAAGACAAGAAAUAGUUCAACAAUCAGAGAGACUCAAUGUGGGAAUAAUAAAGAUUGAUGAGGCCAGCACUGUCAUCGAGGCAAUGGAUCGCCAUCUACAAAAGCAAAGAAACGAAUUAAGUAAUAAUGCGUAUUAA